GACAUUAUUAUGAUUAUCUUCAAAUUCUUCCUCCCAUGGAGGAAGGGAAGGCAGAGCCAUUGGAGUUCUAAGGAGGAUCGUUAGCUCGUUGGUGACAAUCUUGAUCUGACAGAUGGCUUUAGAUUCUCGUCUUAAGGCAAAUUACAAACAUUGAAUAACAAUCUGUCUUUUACCAAGAUGGCAGAAAACGAUACUGUUCAGUUACAGAGAGCAAUAUUCGCCCAGUACAUUAUGAUGAAAAGGUUAUUUAUGGAGUUAGAAGUGGAAAGAGAAGCUUCAGCAACUGCUGCAAGUGCGGCCAUGUCAAUGAUCCGAAAGCUUCAAAAAGAGAAGGAUGCAGAAAGAAUGGAAGCAUGGCAAUACAAGAGAAUAGCUGAGGAAAAGAUUAACCACACUAACAGAGCACUGGAUAUUCUGAAGGAGGUCGUGGAGCUGAAACAAUUGGAGAUCUCGUAUCUGAGGUACCAAUUGCAGGUGUGUAAACAGAAGCUACUGGAUGCUGGCAUUGACGAUUGUGACGUUGCAGAUGAGACAAUAGAUAGUGAUAAAUCUCUGUUUGGAAGAAAUAACAUGGAGAAUCUUUGUCAUAAAAUCAAAAGAAAUUCCUCUCUGCCAACGUUGCAGUUGAAUAAACAGUGUACAGAUAUGGACAUCAAGAAGAAUGGUGGAGUACCAUCCGCAAGGAGCAGGCUGACUGAUGACGGUUGUGAGCAGAUUUCAAUAGAUGUUAUGGCUCUCGAGCCCAAGGAAAGCUUCGCAACAGAUUUGAACUUUAGAGGAAAGCAUGGUGAAGAAGCACAUUCUCCAAGAAGUGGAAGUGAAUCUCAGACUUUGGAUGACCCUCCGUGUUGUUCCUCAUUCUCAGUGGUGAGUCAUCAGGCAGAUAUAUGCAGUGAUGGAGCAGUUCAGACCAGGGAAGACAAAGAAUGUACAGUAAACCAUGAUCAACUCAAGGAUUCUUGUGUACAUGAGUCUGAGACUUCGGAUGAGCCUCCGUGCUCUUCCUCGUUGUCAGUGGUGAGUCACCAGGCAGAUAUAUGCAGUGAUGGAGAAGUUCCGACCAGGGAACAUAAUGAAUGUGCGGUAAACCAUGAUCACCUCAAGGAUUCUUGUGUACAUGACUCUGAGACGUUGGAUGAGCCUCCGUGCUCUUCCUCGUUCUCAGUGGAGAGUCACCAGGCAGAUAUAUGCAGUGAUGCAGCAGUUCAGACCAGGGAAGAUAAUGAUUGUACAGUAAACCAUGAUCAACUGAAGGAUUCUUGUGUACAUGAUGACUCUGAGACGUUGGAUGAGCCUCCGUGCUCUUCCUCGUUCUCAGUGGUGAGCCAUCAGGCAGAUAUAUGCAGUGAUGGAGAAGUUCCGACCAGGGAAGAUAAUGAAUGUGCGGUAAACCAUGAUCACCUCAAGGAUUCUUGUGUACGUGACUCUCAGACUUUGGAUGAGCCUCCGUGUUCUUCCUCGUUCUCAGCGGGGGCAGAUAUAUGCAGUGAUGGAGCAGUUCAGGCCAGGGGAGAUAUGGAAUGCACAGUAGUAAAUCAUGUCAGGCUGAAGGAUUCUUGUGCUGGUACUGAAAUUGGCGAACUGGUAGCUCAUCCAUUAAGCGAAGUCGACCCACUCCAAACUCCAAAGAGAAGCAACAAAGCAACUGAUUCCUCGUGUACUGGGAGUGAAAUAACAACAGUAGAGGAACCUCAACUGUCUCCCAGGGGUGUCACCAAAGCGCGAGGCCCCCGCAACCUGUCUAGGUUCGCUGAAACAAGAAAGGUUGGGUCGAUGAAUAAUGUGGAUAGGCAUGUGCGCCGGAGCUCCGGGACUUACUCGCCACGAGCAGCCGGUGUUGAGCGGACCAUGUCGAAGCUGAAGCGCGUGCAAAGCGAGAAGAUGGUCGAGCUAGGCGACCCUAGGACUGGCAGAGAACAGAUCAUCAUGCUGAAGGAGGUCUACGAGCAGCUCCGUAUGAUAGAGUCACAUAUGAGACCUUCUGGUUCCCAGGAAAGCCCCCGAAGUGCCACGUCGUUAGAUUCCGUUAUGGAGGCAGCUCUGUCCUUCUCCCUAUAGUCGGGUCAGGCAAGCAUGUCUUGAGGCUAUGUACCACAAUUCAAGCGGUUGGAAAUUAGACGCCCAAGGUUGUGUGUUUGGUUGCCGGCCGAGAUUAGCCACACCAAACUGUGGCGGCCCCUGAAGCUUAGCGAUGGCGCGCUGUGGCGGGCAACCACCAAAUGUUCAGCACAUUUUUAGGACAUCAGUGCAAAAAAAAAAGAAUGACAGGCAUUUGAUGUGUGCUCAGUACAGCGAAAUACUGGGAGUUUUUUUAUGUGUGCUCAGUACGCUGUAAUCUGAUCCUGUGCAAAACAUGCAUAUAUUGUAUGCUAUGUAGUUCACUGUGGUCUGCGCAGUUGUAGAAGUUAUGUACUAUGUAUGUGUUCAUGAAGCCAAGUAGUCCAGCAGAGACAGGAGACCGGUAUCUCAUGAUCGUGGCUGUAGACAAGUGCUUCUUGACAACCAGUUAGAUCUCUCUCUUGACAAAUCAGAGCACCUGGAGGCAUUAAAAAAAGCCACACAAGAGGACACCCAACAAUGUCAGCACGACAGCAUUCUAUGCGGAUUCGAGGAAUACUGGAAUCGAAUUGGUUUGAUCCACAAGUUUUUUUUUAUUUCCAGCAGGUUUUGUCACUGCCUCUUAACCUCCGAAUCCCUACGCGUGGCGUCGUAGCCACUUACGCAAUGUAGCCUCUGCCCCUAGGCUGUCUGGAAAGCAUCAUCGGUGCAAUCCAAAAGCCCAAUGUAGUCACCAAGCUGGAACGACUCUAUGAGCAAUGCAAAUGCUUGUCUUCGUUC